CAUUAUGAAGAUGGAUAUUAUGUAAGAAUUAAAUUUAAUGAUUAUUCAGAAAUUGUACAAAUUGGGUCUCCUUUAUUGGAGGCCCCACUCGAACCGAUAUUUUUCGGCCGUAAGUAAUAUCGGCUCUUCCAAUCUAUGUCGAUACUUUGGUAUCACCCAAGAACAAGCAGAAUAUAUAUGUUUAAAACAACCGUACGUAAACAAAUUAGAUGAAUCUACCCUGAAGUGCCUAGUUGACACAGUACGUGAUCUGGGAUUUACAAGAAAAGUUUUAAUUAAGGAUCCACUGUUGUUCAGUUUAUUGCCUAUCACAAUGAAAUUUCGACAUAAAGUUUUGGAUGAAUGUGGAUUUGAAAACAUAACACCAAAACACAUAUUGACAUAUUUGCAAUUAAUUAAACAGAAAACGAUAGGACAACUAAGGAAAUCUGGUGAGCUACCAACUAUGUUGAAUGUAGAAAAUAGAUUAGCAAGUUAUAUGACACAAUGGCCUACAUCGCUGACUACCUUAAUAUACGGAGACAUUAAUGAAACAACAAUGUAUACUUUAAGACUGAAAAUAUUACAAAGGUAUCUAGAAUUAAUGCUAGAUUUAACUGAAGAUGAAUUCCAAAGGGGUUUAAAAACUUACCCAACAAUUAAGCAUCGGCCAUUAGAAAUUAUUAAUGAGACACUCAAUAUACUGCAGUCAGUGGUCAAGAUACCUGAUAAGAAAAUCAAAGCUAAUUUGUAUCUUGUCCAUGUUGAUACUGAAAACUUAAAGAAAAUAAUAUACAAGUUUCAAUCUAUAGGUGGGAUUGAUAUAAAAGAAAUUUUGAGACUUCAUCCUAAAUUAGCUACCAAGAAAUAUGAGGUGAUGGUAGAAACAAGGAACAUUUUGCAGGAAUAUGGCAUCACGGAUGAGGCCCAGAGAAGGUGUUUCGAUAUAUACACCCUGAGUCCAGAUACCGUAAAAACAAGACUCGAAGAAGCUAAGUCAAUUCCUGAGUUUCAAGCAUUCUUGAACCAUCCUAGAUUUCUUAAAAUGAUACACUACAAAAAUACAGCAAUGCACAGAUUGAGAAGCUUGUAUAACAAUAAAAAAAAAUGCUUGAGUCUUAAUAUUCUUUCAGGGAGCUCAGUUCAAUAUGAGACCUUUGAAAGAGCCCCUGGAGAUAGGCUGGGCAAGGGGAAGGAUCUAGUAUUCUGCAUCUCACAAUCUCUUGGAGAUAUGUACAGUUCUACUCAAAUAAGGAAUAUGGUCAAGAGACAUCCAUUCUGGAUCAAUGUGCCUCUGGUGCAAGUUAAAUUUGUGUAUCAACAGCUUUCCAGGAAGUUUGAUGUUCAAGAUAUUUAUGAAAACUGUCCCAUUUUGUUAUAUCCCUGGACUAAAAUAAAGCAAGUGCUUGAUAUAAUGGAGGCAAAACAAAAACCUGCAGAACCAUUGUACAGCAUUGAACUACUCGACUUGACAAAAUUAGAGAAAUCCCAAAUGUUGAGUUUGGUUUUAUAUUAUUUAGAAAAGAAUCACUACUUUUCAGGUAAUGGUGUCUGGACUGAAGAAAAAUGUAAGAAUAUUGAAAUGUCAAAUUACCAAGAUGUAAGAAAUGAUCAUGAUCAGAUUGUAAAUACAACGUUGAAGUAAA